GAUGGCCACACCAUUCACCAGUAUUUGCGCGGCCGCUUUCUCGGAAAAGGCGGGUUCGCCAAAGUAUACUUGUGCACCGCUCUGGACACAUCCAAACAGUACGCGGUCAAGAUCGUACCAAAGGCGAAUCUAGUCAAAGCGCGAGCGCGACACAAGUUGCAAACCGAAAUAAAAAUUCACCGCACACUCAAGCAUCCCAACAUUUGCGAGUACAAACAUUUCUUUGAGGACCGCAACAACUGCUACAUCCUUUUGGAGCUCUGUCACAAUCAGACUCUAAAUGAAAUGAUCAAACGUCGGAAAAGAUUGACCGAACCAGAAGCGGCUCUGUUUAUGAAUCAUCUUCUCGAUGCAGUCAAGUACAUGCACCUGAAGAAUGUAAUUCACCGAGACUUAAAACUCGGAAACUUGUUUUUGGACCGACAUCUGAACGUCAAGGUUGGAGAUUUGGGCUUAGCAACGAUUUUAGAACAUCCCGAAGAAAAGCGCAAGACUAUCUGCGGAACCCCGAACUACAUUGCUCCCGAGAUCAUUCAGGGAGACAAGGCCACCAGGGGGUAUUCGUUCGAAGUUGACGUAUGGUCCAUGGGGGUUAUCCUGUUUACAAUUCUUGUUGGAAAGCCGCCGUAUGAAGCGAAGGACGUCAAAGCCACUUACCAACGCAUUUUGGCCAACGAAUAUUCGUUCCCCAACAAUGUAGAACUCUCGUUGGAUGCAAAAGACUUAAUUCGGAGCAUGCUACGCUCCACACCAUGCGAACGUCUGUCCCUUAAGGAGAUUGGAAGUCACCGGUUCUUGUCCAUUAGGAACACACCACUAAACAUCCCUUCAAACGCCACUCACUCUACACCCAAAUGGUACUUGAACGAGUAUGAGGAAGAACUUAUUUCUCGAACUCGCGCCCUGUCAAUUCAAACUUCCUCUCGCCUUCAAGAUUCGGGCCGAUGCAGUCCUGCAAGAUCUCUGGCAUCCUCCACCUACACCGCAAUUAUCGAUUCCGGUACAGAGAUUCUGCAGAAACUCGUUGUCCAUCUAGAAGCCGUUCUAGAGUUAACUGCCUCACGUCGUGAUGCGUUUCGACCUACAUCCCCUCAAUCCGUAGUCGUGUAUGCAGGACCUACCAGAUGGGUGAGCCGCUAUGUUGAUUAUACAAGCAAGUAUGGUCUGGGCUUUCUUUUGAACGAUGGUAGCUCCGGAGUUUACUUUAAUGACUCAACCAAGACUGCUCUGGAGGCACAGGGGGAGACAUUCUACUAUAUUGAACGUAGAAAGGUUGAAGACGCUGCUUCUCGAAAAGUAGAAAUUGCUGUUGAAACCCACACGUUGAGUUCGUACCCAGAGCACUUGAAGAAAAAAGUCACUCUUCUGAAGCAUUUCCGCAAUUAUCUCUUAGACCAGCAGAAUAAGGAUGAAGAAACAGAGCCCACCCGGCCUCUUUCAUGCCUGCCAGUUUCUGACACAGUACACGUCAAGAAAUGGAUUCGCACGAAACACGCGAUACUGUUCCGUUUGAGUGACCAGACCAUCCAGGUAGUCUUCUAUGAUCAAACAGAAGUACUCUUGACACCUGAUGUACGAUAUAUUACCUAUGUGGAUAAAAAUCAUGUCCGUCGAACAUACGACUUCACAGACGAACUAGUUGGGUCCCUUGUGGAAUUGGAGAAACGUCUGAAGUACACUAAAGAAGUUUUGUUGCAGCUCAUUGGUUCACACUCUGGACGUCGCUAA